GUUUCCUGUCUGCCGGACACUUGAAAAUUAUCCUAUGUUUGUUGUGCUGUUAAAUUGGAGCUAUAUGUCAAUCAGAAAACCGUAAACUGGCGUUUAUGCUGCAUUGUGUGUGCCUUAUAUGUGCGCCCAGAUGAUGACGACCUGGAGACACGUGCCGCGGUACCUCGUAACAAGAAGGGGUGCCUCUUCUUCAGCGUGUGCGGGGGCUAUUAAUUUCGUUCCCACGAGCCGUUCCAUUGAACCCAGCGAUUUGGAGCGGAUUCAGGAUUUUGUGUCACGUGCGCGAUGUCUCUUCGUUAUCACCGGCGCUGGACUUUCCACCGAGUCAGGAAUCCCUGACUAUCGCUCAGAAGGAGUUGGUCUUUACGCACGAACUGAUCGGCGGCCCAUGCAACAUGUGGAGUUCCUGCGCAGCGCCAAAUCUCGACAGCGCUACUGGGCGCGCAACUACAUGGGGUGGCCACAGUUCUCCUCACACAAGCCAAACUCUGCCCACUUGGCCCUGCGGGACUGGGAAGCGCAGGGGAAGGUACACUGGUUGGUGACGCAGAAUGUGGACGCGUUGCAUUCCAAGGCUGGACAUCAACGUCUGACAGAGCUACAUGGCUGUACACACAGGGUGGUGUGUUUAGGUUGUGGGGUCCUUUCUCCCCGCGAGGAUCUCCAGAGACGCUUUACUGAGAUGAACCCUGGCUGGGCCGCCGAAGCAGGGUCAGUAGCACCAGAUGGAGACGUCUUUCUGGAAGAUGAGCAGGUGCAGCACUUCAGAGUGCCCUCAUGCCAAAGCUGUGGAGGCAUCCUAAAGCCAGAGGUCACUUUCUUUGGAGAUUCAGUCAACCGGUCAACUGUGCAGUUUGUCCAUGAAAGGCUAGCGGAGUCGGACGCAGUGUUUGUUGCAGGCUCCUCUCUGCAGGUGUAUUCAGCGUACCGCUUCCUCCUUGCGGCCAGCGAGCGACCGAUCCCUGUAGCUAUCCUGAACAUUGGGGCCACGAGGGCAGAUCACAUGGCCGAGCUACGAGUGAGUGCCCGCUGUGGAGAGGUGCUCCCUGUUAUACAGCCUUGCUGACCUCCGAUCACUCUGCAUCACUUAAUGUAACGGAGACCUCUGGUGUCAUUCAGGGCACAACCAGUUUCAUACACAAACAAACAAACAACAAAAAUUCUUUGUAUUUUCUGAUUGUGUUUUCUUAUGAAAUACAUUUGAGACAGUGCCAGGUCAUGUAAGAGACCUAGUAUUGACACAAAGAUUACCUCAAGGAAUGUACAACACAACAUGAAUAACGAUAAAAACUUGCCGUUACAAGAGGGGACAGACUGAUAUUCAGAUGCAGUGCUCCCUUUUAUGCAAACGUUACAGGUCGUUUGGGCUUGUAUACAAUAGUAUGUAUGUUUUGAACUAAAUCAGCCUCGAAUAGAGGCCAGGAAGAAGCUACAUCACUGUUUCAUACCGAUAUUAUCCUCAUUGCUUCUUGACUGGACUUACACUGGACAUAUGACAAUGUCAUAGAACCCAGUGGAACUGUAAAGGGAGCUACAUGUUAUGAUCCACUCUUGCUCAUCAGUGAAUCAUACCAACAUACAGUAAAAUAAAAGGAAAGGACAUUUGUUUGUAUUUGAAGGCAAAUUAUUGACCAGGGUAACAAAAUAUAGUAAAAUCUGUGUAACAUUUGUCUAAACUAUGUACAUUUGUCAUAAAUGGUUAGAUGCUUUUCCUCCAUGCCCAAUGUGCAAUAAACAGAUAUUCAAAUUACUGUGA